AUGAAUGAUAAUUCAAUCAAAAUAAAUGACAACACGUUAAGUAUGGAAAACUGGAUAGAGCAGCAAACGAUAGAGAAUGAUGAAAAUGGGAAAAAAAACCUAAGCGAGAGGAGCAACGAAGCGAAGCAUAACAUCUCGGAAAGCAAAGCACAACAAGACGUAGGUAAAAACAAGGAAGAUUUGAAGAGACAAGAUGAAAACGACAGCGAAAUGGCAAUCAAGAAAGAAAUCAACAAAAUAAAUGAAUGUGCCAAUAGCACCAAUUUGGAUGCAACGAAAGAUUAUACAAUUAUUGUGCCCCCAAGGAAAAAAAUAAGAAACAUGACAAAUGAGGAAGCCAAAGGGGGAAGUCAAAUCGGUGGAAAGGUCAACGGCGAGGAGAGUUUCAUUCCCGCAGGCAAAGGCCACAGUAGUGAACAAGAAUAUAUCACAGAAUCGCUGCAAAGCAGUUCCUUCGAUUUGAAGCAUAAAGAGAAGAAGUUAAAGAAAAAGAGCAUCUGCGAUGGUAGGAUGCCGGAGAACGGCCAAGGGGGGAGAAGUGGAAAAAAUAAAUCAAAUGGAAAAAAUAGACCCAAAGGAAAAAAUGCACAAUAUGAGAAGAUGUAUGACCAGACGGUCGACCAGUCGAGCGAUGAGGGAGGCGCCGAAGACAGCGGCGAAGGGAGCGGCGAAGGGAGUAGCGAAGAGAGCAGCCGCAGAGAGGACGAAUUAAGCAACCCCCUUUCGAAGAGAAAAGGCAAAAAAACGGACAAGCAGAAAAUACUUAACAUGUUAAGGGAAAAAAAGCUAAACAAAACGAAGAAAAUUAACUUUAAAAAGGAAAAGAAUAACAUCAAAAAUGACAAACAGAGAUAUGCCAAGUAUAAGAGAAACAAAGAAAACAUCAAGAUGACCUUCGACGUAACCAGCCGCUUUACUGUCCUAGGUUGCGACUGGGACAAUAUCUCCAGUGUCGACAUUUUCUACCUCUUUGAGUCAUAUUACAAUUUUGAAAAGAGGAAAAAAAAAAACAUAGAUUAUACGAAAAGUAGAGCUGUGAAGAAGGUCACUAUAUACACCUCCAAAUAUGGGGAAAAGAAGCUCAAGCAGGAGAGAAAACAUGGCCCAAAAAUUAAUUUAGACAUCCUAAAGCUGAAGAGGAAAGGUGACGGAGCUGUCUAUAGGCAGAACAACUUUCUAGAUUAUUUUCAGGAUGAAGAGGGUGAUGAGGGGCCGCUGAGCUCAAAUGAGGACAGCGGCAGCGGCAGAAGCCGGGGCACCGAAGAAAGUGUCAAUAAUGACGGCAGUGUCGAGAGUGACGAGAAUGUCGAAAGUGACCAAAGCGCAUACCUGAACAAUAGUGCGGAUCGAGAUGACAGCACAGGCGACGACGAAAGUGGUGACUCGGACAGCAGCGCAGGCGAAGGCGCAAAACGUAAGAAGUCGCCCACGAAGGAGGGCACAAAGGCGAGACCAGAUGGGAGGGACUCUUCCAAGGCCAAACUUAAAAAAAAACGAAAUGAGCAGGCCCUUUUGCACACCAGCCUCAGUGCCGACGAGGAGGAAGAAAAUGAAAAAAUUCGACUGUACCAGAUUCAGCGUUCAAGAUACUAUUUCGCAGUAGUAGAAUGCUAUAAUAAAGAAAUAGUGGAAUUCCUAUAUGAGGAAUUAAACGAUAUGGAUGCAGAUUUCUGCAUCAAUUACUUAGAUCUUAGGAUAAUUGAUGAUAAGUGCUCCCUUGAUGACUAUAAAGUGAAAGAGGUAUGCAAUAAGAUACCUGAUAAUUAUCAAUUUCAUUAUAGCGUGAGCACCGCAUUAAAACAUACGCAUGCAAAGUCAACAUGGGAUGAAAAUCCCAAGAGGAAAAAACUCCUCUCCACGAGGUUUAGUGAAGAAAAGUUAAAAGAACUGGACCUGAAGGAGUAUCUAGCUAAUUCUUCAUCCAGCUAUGAGGAAGAGGAGGAAGAAGAGAACGAGGAGGGGAAAAAUCGGAACAAGGAUAACUCACCAUUUAACAAAAGGGAAAAAUACAACAGGGAACAUUACAGAAAGCUGCUCCUUGGCGAUUGGUUAAACGAAGAUGACAUACAAAGUGCACAAAAGGAAGAGCCAAAUUGGGGAGUGGCUAAAACUAGUGGCAAAGGUACACAUGCAGACGACGUUAACGUUAGCAAAAUGAACCUCUCCAUGUACCUGGACGAAAUGGAGGAAGAUUUUGCAGGCAAGGAGGGAUUGAUCAACUGGUCGAAGGAGGGAAGUUUUGGCUCGAAUAAGAAUGCGGGUGGAAGCAUCACGAACGAGUUAGCUGACAGUUACCAUGAAAAAGGUUGUGAAAAAAAUAAGCAUAAAGCAAAAGGAAGCGGCGCUGCCACUGCGAAGGCGGCGAACGACACUGACGACGAUGACGAUAGCGACAACGAAAACGAAGUUGUACAAGUUUUCAAAAACAUGCUAAAAAAUAAGGACAAGAAGGAAGAAAGGAAAAAUCCUUGGGAAAAGUACCUAGAUAGGGUGAGACAGAAAAAGAAAUUAAAGAAAAAGGCCUAUUUGGAGUCCCUAAAGAAGAAAGAUGAAGAAAUAAAAAAAAUCAUAACGAAAAAAACAAACAAAAGAAAAAAAGAUGUUAUGUUUAAAAGCCACGGAGAAAACCUGCUAGAAAAAGUAAAUGAUGGCCACCUAAUUGAUAGCAGAUUUUCUGACUUGUACAAAAAUAAAGAUUUUAAUUUGGACAUCACGAACCCGAACUUUAAGAAGACCAAAUUUAAUGAAGACAUCCUUCAGAAGAUGAAGUUAUAA